UUUUCAAUUUUUAUAAUUGAAAUAAUCAUGAAAGUUGGAUAUCUUUUGAAUAUUUUGCUUUGCCUUCUAGUAGCAACAAGCUUAGCUGAAGAUGACUUAAGCUUUGAAGACGGAGACGGGACACAGAUCCUCCCAAUUGAACUCACUGACGAGACAUUUGAACAUCUUACUCAAGCAGCAACAGGAGCCACCACUGGAGACUGGUUCGUCAAGUUUUACGCUCCAUGGUGUGGACACUGUCAGAAACUAGCACCUACAUGGGAUGAACUUGCAGUUAGAUUAGAUAAGAAAAUCAAUAUUGCCAAGAUUAAUGUGGAUGACUCUCCAAAUACUGCAGAAAGAUUCAACAUCAGAGGAUUCCCAACCCUACUAUUCUUCAAAAGAGGGAAAGUUUAUAAAUAUACUGACCACGAUCGUUCAGUAGAAGCUCUGGCAGCCUUCACUGAGGGAGGAUAUACUUCCUCUGAAGAACAAGGAGAAGUCCCAAAAGAGCUAACAACCCUAGGCUAUGCUAAUAAAGUGUUCUGGAAGUUCUACAACGAAGUAAUUUUCGGAUUUGACACUGUAUUCCAUAUGUUCGAGAUGGGUCACCUUCCUUGGUAUGUCAAAUUCUGGAUUGUUUUCAUCGUUCUCUUCUCCCCAGCAAUCGUUCUUGCUCUCUGCAUCUGUGCUUGAGAAAGCAGAUACCUAGCUAAGAAGGAAGCCGAAGUUAUGGAAGGUAUUCAAAAAUCCAAAGAAGAGACUAAAAAACCUCCAUCAAACCGUAAGAAGCAGAAAAUUGAUUAAUCAUCACUUUCAAUGUUAAGUUCUA